AUGGGAAGAGAAGGAUAUGCACCUCUCUUUGAAACUAAGGAAGCAAAGGGUAGAAUUGCAUAUAAGAUGUAUGCAAUUUCGGCAUUUGUGAGCGUUUGUAUGAUUUGGGUGUACAGAGCACCUCAUGUUUCAAAAGAGGGAGUGAGGUGGGUAUGGUUUGGUAUGUUUGGAGCUGAGAUUUGGUUUGGUUUCUAUUGGAUUCUCACUCAAUCAGCACGUUGGAGGCCUGUCUAUCGUUCUACCUUCAAAGAAAGGCUCUCCCACAGAUAUGAAGAUCGAUUGUCAGGGGUGGACAUUUUUGUGUGCACUGCGGACCCCACAAUAGAACCACCCACCCUAGUGAUCAACACCGUUCUUUCAGUCAUGGCCUACGAUUACCCGCCGGAGAAGCUGAGCAUCUACCUAUCUGAUGAUGGUGGGUCAGAUCUAACAUUCUACUCUCGAUUAGAGGCGUCCUAAUUCUCGAAGCAUUGGAUCCCAUUUUGCAAGAAAUUUAAGGAGGUCCCGAGAUCACCAGCGUCCUAUUUUAGCACAACAUCUGAGCCACAUGAU